AUGCUGCCGCUGCUGCUGCUACUGUCCCUGCUGCGGGAGGGGUCCCUGCAGCAGAAACCAGGCUACGAGCUGCAGGUGCAGGAGUCGGUGACAGUGCAGGAGGGUCUGUGUGUCCUCGUGCCCUGCUCCUUCUCCUACCCUGAGACCAGGACUUACUGGACAAGACCUGGACAGACAUUUAUCUUCUGGUUCCGAGACGGGGACUAUAGUGACUAUGAUGCUGCGGUGGCCACCAACAAUCCCUAUUGGCCAGUGAAGUCUGAGACGAAGGGCCGGUUCCACGUCCCCAGGGACCUCAGCACCAACAACUGUUCCCUGAGCAUCACAGACGCCAGGAGGGAGGACACAGGGACGUACUUCUUCCGAGUGGAGAAGGGAAGCGACGUCAAAUACAACUACAUCAGGAAUAAGCUGUCUCUGAAUGUGACAGCCCUCAAGGAGAAGCCCCACAUCCAGCUCCCAGCACCCCUGCAGUCUGGCCACACCACACAGCUGCACUGCAGCCUGCCAGGACACUGCCCACAGGGGAGAACGCUCCACUUCUCCUGGAAGCCCAGUGCCCUUGACUCUUGGACUCCCUGGAGUGUUGAACCCUCAUUGUUCCUCACACCAAGGCCCCAGGACCAUGGCACCAACCUUACCUGUCGGGUGCAGUACCCACACAAUCAGGUGACCACAGAGAGAACCGUGCAGCUCAAUGUCUCCUAUCCUCCUCAGAACCUCAGCGUCAGCGUCUUCUUCCAAAACAGCACAGGCACAGUCCCAUGGGUACUGAGCAAUGGCACGUCCCUGCCUGUCUCUGAGGGUCUGUCCCUGCGCCUGGUGUGCAUGGCUGAUGGCAACCCCGCUGCCUCGAUGGGCUGGUUCAGGGGACACGAAGCCCUGCCUUCCUCCCGUGCCUCAGCAUCCGGAGUCCUGGAGCUGCCCGAGGUGCAGGCCAAAGACCAAGGAGAACUCACCUGCUGGGCUCGGCACCUGCUGGGCUCCAGGCAUUUCUCCUUGAGCCUCUCUGUGCAGAGAACUUCCUCUGGCUGCACGUGCGUAUGUGAGAGACAGGAGAGCUCCUGGCCCCUGGUGCUCACCCUGAUCAGAGGGUCCCUCAUGGCAGCCGGCUUCCUUCUCACCUAUGGCCUCACGUGGCUCUACUACACCAGGUGCGGAGGCCCCCAGCUUCACGCCUCGACACCGAGAUGAGCACCGGGCACCCAGAGCCACAGCCAUGGCCAUGUCACGCUAGCCUCUCCCUGGAGGCAGUUCUCUGCUUCUCUUUCCUGCCUCCUUCCCUGUCCUUAAUCCACCAAGCCCGGCACGUCCUGCCCCAUCCCAGCUUCACCUGCUGCCCUUCUCAUCCCUCCCCACCACCUGCUCCAACAUGUGACUGGGCUGCAUGCUUCAGGUCCCCCACACCUGAGAGCUUGCUUGUUGACCAUGGAAGGACGGGGGAGGCCAGAAAUGACCCAUCCCCGAGACCCGGAUGCACUGCUCAUUGCGAGCCUGGCUGCUCCCUCCACCUGGAGCUGCGACUAUAAAACACGACCAAGGGCAUCUCCACAUGGAAGACACAGGACCGCCCGGGAACAGAUGUUACUCUUGAAGGCCCCUGCGGAUCCUUGUAGACCUCAAGGACAUCUGGGCAUGUUUGCACGCAGGCUGUGGUGUCCGCAUGACCCCAUGGAUGUUCAGUAGAGAAUGU